AUGCCUCCAAAGCGUCAAAAAAUCGACUCUCCAAAUUCUUCAGCCCCCGGCACCUCAUACGGUGACUUAGCCUUCGGGACCGAGUGGAAAUCCAACCGAAUGAAGAAAGAACUCGAAUCCCUUCGGCUCAAAAUAUCUCUGACUGAAGCCGCUGCCAUACAGCAUCACAAGUUACGCAAGCAAACCGAAGACCUUUUUGUGCGGGAGAAGAAUAUCCUCGAGAUGCAGGUUCAGAGGGAUGCAGAGACGAUCAAACAACUCGAGAAGGACCUGGGGACAGCAAUGAGGAGGGCUCACGAGGCAUGCGUGCCUCAAUUGUCCGUAGAAUCCGAGAUGGCCAGACCGAGGGCCACAAUCCAACAGCGAAUUACAAAAUUAGCCACCAAGAACCUCAGGUUGGAAGAUGAUGCAACCCAGUCGACCUCUCCAAGAGCUUCAGACUUGACGAAGCUUCAAGAGGAGAACAGAGAGGCUUUGGAGAAGCUAGUAGCUGCAGAGAAAAAAAUCAGCGAGCUAGAAAAAACCAUAGACGAAAACUUGACAUCUCAGGCGGAAGUUGAACUUCAAAGUUUGAAACUCCAACAGGCGAAGAUUAUGAUUCACAGAUUAAGCUCAACGAACCGUACUUUGUCGGAGAGAGAGAAACUCUCGACAGCACAUAUCAAAGAGCUCGAGAAAGAAAUAGAAUCGUCGAAAGAUAAGCUCGCGAUGCUCUCAGAUGUUGUGAAGGAGAAAGUUGUGGCAAAUGAGGGUCUUGAGAAGCAGAUAUCGAUUUUGAAGGAGAAAUUGAAGAAUAGAGAGAGGCUUCAAGCCCAGCUGGCGAUUCUGCGUGAUAGGUGUGGAGAGUUGUCCUCGAAACUCCUUGAGUGUAAGAAGGAGGAGAAUGUGCCAGGGUCGGAAGCUUUGCAGUCUACUCCUCAGCAGGCAGCCUCAUCUGUGGCAGCUAUGCCCCUACCACUGAUCCAACUGCCAAAGUCGCAGGUCGAUGCUUGGCAGAAGGGGAGUGACAAGACAGGGGAAGACCUGAGAAGAUCGAGAGCGGCCAAAAGGAAAUCUGCCGAGAUGACGAGACGGAAUAUCGAGGACUUCGAUGAUGUGCAGUCGGUUGUCGACGGGAACAGGGGGAGGAAUGAGGACAAGGACUCGUCGUGGAACGUUCCAGAUGAUGAAGAGUCUUUUUCCGACAAUCAGUCAGACGAAGACGACUGUGACAGUCUGCCUGACGAGAAUGAGGAUGGAAAUUCUGAGGGCGAGCCGACCUCCAUCAAACAACCAGAUGAAAAUCUGCGUGUUCAGGUGGGACAAUAUUAUUCAGUCAUUGUCUCGAGCUCGCAGUUCUUCACCAUCAAGUGGCAGUUCGAGUACAAGCACAGGGAAGCCAACAGGUGGGUCUGCAAAAAAUGUGACGUAGUGGAAACUUCGAGGAACAAAAUUGAGGAUCACAUUUGGGUAGUCCAUUAUGACGGCCACUUCACGUGUCCUUUAUGCACCUAUCGACCGCGACUGCUCCAAAGGAGAGACAGUAUUAGGCAACACGUGAAGAAGGCACAUCCCGAAAAGUACCGUGCCCGAAAGCGCAAAGUAUAA